ACACUCACUUAGAGGCUGAACACUUUUGCAGGAGAGAGAGGACAAUACAGCAGCAAGAGAGAGAGAGAGAGAGAGAGAGAGAGAGAGGAAGGUAGAGAGACACUGAAUAACAGCGGUACACCAAGGAGACCACAGAAACACUCUCUCCCCCCAAAUCCCCAACUCCGCUGCACAGAGAGACACACAAAAGCAUUCUUGGCUUUCAGUUUAAACGGAGAAAAAAAAAAGUGAACAAUACGUUGGGCGAGAUCAUUUACUCGAGAUACAAAUUCAAGCAGAAAGGCGUGACAGGACGUACGGCGUCAAACUCGCGCUUCUCAUAAAGCGUCAAAACGUCUCCAAGGAGCGAAGGAGUGAGGGAUCUGUGCGCAGCGCUGCAUGAAGGAUAAAAAAACAUCUGGGAGAAGAAGAAACAGGAUGAGAGCGACUCUGAGGAUCACAUGGCUGCUGCUGCUGCUUUCAACCAGCUUCCUGUUUCACAUCGUCUCUGCAAACACUGACGCUGAGAACAAGACUUUUGUGUCAAACAACAAUGCUACAAUCACUGCAGUGCCGAUGACAAUCGAUAAUAACACAAACAACACUGUGUCAACUGCUGCCACGGAGGCUACGACAAACAGUGCACCCACCAGUCCCACUGUCACAGUGCUCACUACCGGCACAGAUAAACCAGCCUCCACCACACCAGCAGUGACCUCCGUCCCAAACAACCAGACAGCAACUACCGCCAUUAGCCUCACUGCUGGGUCUACAACGCAGCUGAACAACCCGUCCACGACCCUGAUCCAGCUGCAAACAACGGCAGCAGCAACAACGGCAGCAGCAACAGCAGCAGCAGGUUCCGUGGUUUCCUCCAGUGCUCCCAUAAUACUGACGACAAAACCCUCUGGAUCCAGCGGGGUGUCACCUGGCACUGGAUCGCCUGUAACACAGCCGGGAGGUCCAGGUAAUGUGGGGACUACAAACCCCACAAGUAACUCGACAGGUGCUCCAGGCCCAGGGCAGUCGACCACGAGUCACACGACCAUCACAUCCAGGACGAGCCAGCAGGGCGGGGGAGGAGGUUCAGAGAAAAUGACCGUGACGAUGACAAACCAACAGCCGACGGCAUCGAAGGACCCGGGGCCUGUUGGGAACACUGGGACCACCAGCUCCCCCUCCACCCUCACCAAAGCAGGACCUCUAGCAGGAGGAACCUCAGGGACCGAGCUGGAAACUGCCUCCCAGAUCCCCACCACCUUUGAUACGACCUCAGGCGCUCAGCUGAAGACGUUUGUUUAUUCUCUAAACACGGGACAAGAGGAAGACAAAAAGCAUGAUCUGGUGGAGGUGUGCAAGCGGCUGAUGGUGAACAUGCAGGAUGGAAACUGCACUCUGACAUGGAGGCAUCACGACAGAGUCCAGUUUGACGUUGUGGAGAUCAACGGGAAAGUCAAAACCAAACUGGCAACGGAGAUCUAUGAAGAAAUCAACAAGAAACCGACGGAUAAUAAAACCCUGAUCGCCAUCCUGGCGUCGUGUGGAGCUCUGCUCAUCAUGAUCGUCAUCCUCGCCGUCUGUGCCUCACACCACCGCAAACCUUACAACGAGAACCAGCAACACCUGACCGAGGAGCUGCACACGGUGGAGAACGGUUACCAUGACAACCCCACGCUGGAGGUGAUGGAGGUGCAGCCGGAGAUGCAGGAGAAGAAGAUGGCGCUGAACGGGGAGUUCAACGACAGCUGGAUCGUGCCCAUCGACAACCUGCUGAAGGACGACAUGCCCGACGAGGAGGACACUCACCUGUAGAGACGACGGCGUACACAGAAGAAGAAUUAGACGAAGAAGAAGAAGAAGAAGAAGAAGAGGAGGAGGAGCAGGAGGAGACGGGAGGACCUGGCUGCUGGAGAUUCUUGUUCAUGGAUCAAGAAAUGACUUUUCAUUUUACAAAGAGAACAAACACGCCCCCUCAUACACGCCGUUUAGAUUAAUUUCUAUCAUACUUUAAGGAUGAAGAACCAAUGAAAUCUUUCAUGGAGGCCUUCUGAGCUUAAAAAUAUGUUUCUAAAUAUGUGCCUACACAGUUUCUACACAUACAGUAUAUUCUUCAGCUGUGACUUCCUGCAGAGCAUAAAUCCGAAUGUGAUCUCCAGAAAGUUCCCAAAACACAAAGAGCCUUGUGCCUUUUCCCCGACUUUGAGUUUGAGGGUUGAUUUGAACACAAACAUUUGCGAAUGAGGAAUUUUUAAUGUUAUUUCUGCAAACGAGGAAGAGUCAGGUGGAGAAGAAUACGGAUCACUGUGCUCUGAAAAA